UGGUAACAGCUAGCUGAGCCACUAAUAUACACUUAAGAAAAUAAGUUGGGAUCGACUCGGAUCACUCCUCCCUGUCAUCUUUCUCAUUUCCAUCAGUGGAUGCUCAGAUCACCCCUCACCCAAUUUCCUCCCCCGUUCUGUUCCCAUGACUCAUCCUAGUGCCCAGAAUUUCCAUCUGCUUUCUUCUUCCCCCAUUGGCGCAUGCAUCACUGAUUAGGUGAUGGUGCACUAGCUACCUAGCUAUCUGGGGGAUUAUCCAUGUCCUGCAGCAUAUCGAAGCAAGGCAUAUGCUCUUACUAGGUUGUCGUACCGGCGCUUUUGUCAAUGUAUAUAUAGACUGGCAACGUCUGACGGGUUAAGCUUCAGAGUUGUAGAAAAUACUUGCUGAGUUAAGAUGGGUGGCAGCAGUACUAGCACAAAGGCUUAUGGUGCCGUGGUUCUCAUCCGGCUCAUGUAUUCCGGUAUGCAUGUCAUGAGCAAGGUAGCGCUGGACCAAGGCAUGAACCCCUUCGUGUUUGUGUUCUACCGGCAUACAACCGCUGCCCUCGUGCUGAUCCCUGCUACUUUCAUUCUAGAGAGGCGAAAAACUAAGCCGGUUACGUUGAAAAUUGCGGGGAAGAUGUUCAUACACGCCUUAUAUGGGGUAACAGCAGUGGGUGUCUUGUUUAACCUUGGUCUCAAUUAUGCUUCAGCAACAUCAUCAUCAGCACUGUACAACGUUCAACCCGUGGUUACCUUUAUCCUGGCUGUCAUAUUUGGGAUGGAAUCUAUGAAGCUCAAGAAGCUCCACGGCAACGUGAAGGUCGCCGGUAUCAUCUUCUGCAUCGCCGGCGUCACCGUGCUGGCCUUCUACGAGGGCCCAAUGUUCAAGUCUUUCAACCAUCACCGGUUCGUCCAGCACGGCAGCACCAGCAGCAGCUCCUCUGGAGCAGAGACCAACUCCAAGAAGCUAUGGGUAUUUGGGAUUUUCCUCAUGACACUCUCCAACAUUUUAGCAGGCUUGUGGACAGUGCUUCAGGGGCCACUGAUAGAGGACACUUCCAAGCUGAUGAACACCACGCUACAGAUCUCCUGCGCGUCGGUCCAGGCAUUCGUCGUCGCCGUCGCAGCCGAGAGGGAUUUCUCCAAGUGGAAGCUGGGCUGGAAUAUCAGCCUCGCCGCCGUCAUCUACAGCGGCGUGAUUGUCACCGCGCUUUCGUACUACAUGCAAAUGUGGACGAUCUCCAAGAGGGGGCCGGUGUUCCUCGCCAUGUCCAUGCCGCUUACGUUGAUCUUCACAAUCGUCAUUUCUUCAUUCGUUUUAGGAGAUGCCGUUAGCCUAGGGAGUAUAAUUUCUGGGAUACUACUGAUUGGGGGCCUGUACAAUGUGCUGUGGGGGAAAAGCAUGGAGAGAAAAGAUGACAUGAACAAGAUAGGUGCCGGUAAACCUGUCCUGGAGCUGCAGGCGGACAAGGAGGCUGAUCAGGUGCCAGAUGACGCGGCAGCAAAGGUCUGAGCGCAGCCACGCAAGUGAUGGGACAGAAAAGAUUGUGUCAACUCAAGCCACACUACUUGGUGUCAAAACUGUUGUAAAGCGAUUAAGCGACGCAUGCAGAUCUACUCACUCCUGUGAACCGGUGGCAUGCUGUUGAUUUGAUUUGAUCCAGGCCGGGGUGGUAGCUUUAACAUGUGGCAUCGUGGCCAUUGCUUGUAUAUAUAGACCUACUUUCCGCCACCGUACGUGGUUUCCUGUCAAGUGUCACGUAGUACCAGACGUCUCUCCCGUAUCGAAUAAAAGAAAGUUUCAGAUGCCUUU